AAAAUAUUUAUUCUAUAGGAAAUAAUAUAAACAAAAUUAUAAUUAAACAUAGUGAUUUGAGAUAUUCAUUUAUCUAAAUUUGUGUCAUCUCAGAGCUUUGCCAUCCCAGAAGCAUCUUAGUUACGAACAGCUGUUCCACAGAACCCGGGCUCUGCUAUUAAUUAUAUUGCACUAUUUCCCAAAAUGUCCGUAAACUUAAAACAAAUGUGGCCUAUAAAUAGAACACAUAUCUCUAAGGGGGCCUUUAUCUUAGACUCGGUGGCAUCGGCUUCGCUUGUCGCAUCCCAUCCCCAUUCUCCACUCGGUCACCAGCCCAGCCAUCCAAAAUGUGUACCGAAAGACAAAAAACAACAUGGACUUAAGAGAGCCUCUACAUCCCAGCAUUAUGUACUCUAGAUAAUCUUGAUAAAGUUUAUCAGCUAACUCAUUACAGCACCGAGUAUACUUAGUGUUUCGCUGAAUCGGUGAGAAUAUAGAAAACGUGCACUUUAUUUAUUAGUAAUUUUGUGCGGUAAGUGGUUAGCAGCCGCUGUAUGAACGUUUUGCGUACAACAAAAUCCAUUUGAUAAAAAGCUUCCUGUCGCACAACGUUUGUUUUUUAGUCCGCAGAUGUAAUAAUAGGGGAGACAUCGACGGUACAAUUAUGAGAGUGUUGUUUGGUGCAGUGAUGUGUAUUCUGAUCGAUUCAAAAAUUUUGAUUACUUCAGCGCAAAAUUCCACUACUACCAACAAUUUUACUUCUACGACUUCCAAUAAUUUCACUUCUGCAACUCCGGACAAUUUUAUUUCUACAACUCCCGAUAACUUUACUUCUACAACUCCCGAUAACUUUACUUCUACCUUCUUCACCAGCUCAGCUACACCUGUGUACGACGCCUGUACCGUUUUGGAUCCACCCAUAAACAGCAGUGUAUCGCCAGAUAAAACAGCCGCAGUUUUAGGCUGGACGAGCCAACAGACCGACUUGAAUUGCCUUCCUAACGUAAUCGACGUCUAUUGUGAGGCUCUAGAGGAUGAAAAUAUAGAAGGGUGGCAGUGGAUAAAAAAAAACAGUUCAGCAAACAACACUAUAAACAUUAACGACGCCACUAGCGUGUAUGUAGAGGAACUGUCAGAGUUCACCAACUACACGUGUAACGCUACUCUUUCAGAUGGAGUUAACACCAGUGAACCAAAAGAAAUCAAAUUUCGAACAAAGGAAGAAGUUCCAGAGACACCUGACAAUUUGACGAUAACAGAGAAAACGAGUACCAGUUUCACCGUACAAUGGGAAAAGCCGACGAAAAAUCCAGGCGUAUUUAUAACGUAUCAUGUUCAUGUUGUGAGUGCAGGUACUAAUCACUUCAUACCAGAGAGUUGCGAGCUCCAAUCAUAUGACCAAUGGAACCAAACAACGAAUGAGACGUACGAUUUUGAUGAAGCAGUUCCUGACUACAUAUACGAAGUUACAGUCUUUCUUGAAAACUCAGCUGGAAAUGGGAGUCAAGCGAGUAUCAACAUUACCACAAAUACCUCAGCUUCUCAGGCACCUACACAAUUUUCCAAUACCUCAGUGCUAGAUAGUGAAAAAAAUGUCAUAAUUCGAAACAUAUCCUGGCAUAUGCCGUGUGAGACGAACGGAGAAAUUGAAUAUUUUCAAGUUGACAUAAAAGGUCACUACAUAUCAGAUUAUAGGAUUGUGGAUAACAAGACAAUCAUCGUUAACACCACUUACACUGAGAGAUACUUUACAGAAAUCGAACUGAUGCCAGCAUUUUUGUACAAUAUCACAGUUCAAGCUAAUGGACUCAUUGAAGAAGGCGAUUUCUUUGCUGACACAUUUGUAACAGAAGACAAUUUCCCAGGUCCACCGACCAUAGAAGACAUUACAGAAAUAGGAGCAAACAACUUUACUGUAGUAUGGAAAAAGCCAGAGAGAAAAGCUGGAAACAUUACGGGUUAUAUGGUAUCUAUUGAUACUUUGGGGCCUUUCUAUGACACAGAUCCAAAAAGGUGUCCUACGGAACAAUGGCAUUAUAAUGAUUCAGUUCUGGGUGAUGUACUAUCGUAUACCUUUACGAAACUGCGCCCAUAUUAUCUAUAUAAAGUUUCUGUAGCAGCCGCUACUGCUAAAGGAUAUGGAAAUUACAGUACAAUUAACGUGAAUACUGCAUCGUCAGCUCCAGAAAAAACCGAAGAACUUGAAUUUGUACUUCUGGAUGGAAACAUUACCGGACAGGUGUCCUGGCGAACACCCUGUAACAUCAACGGGCCAAUCAAGGCAUUUAACGUUGAGCUUGAAGGCAAUUAUACAGAAGACAAUUCUUCAAAUGUAAACUACAACUGGUCCUUGACUUUUUAUAAUGAUAAAUAUAAUUAUAAUCACACCAUUAAUCUAGUUGAAGCAUACCAUUUUGAAAUUAAAGUAUGGAUUACUUUAGAAGAUGGCACAUAUGGAUUGGAGGAUCGCAAAUAUUUGACCACGCCUGAUGGUUAUCCAGGGCCGCCCCAGCUAACUGAUAUAACAAAUAAGACCAACCAGUCUUUCACUAUUUCUUGGAACCGUCCGGAUAAGAGAAAUGGAAGAAUUACCGAUUACCAAGUAGUUAUUACCCCUUUGGAAGCUUUAUACGAUACUCACUGUGGCAUGGACGAUACGGAACAUAUUAAAAACACAACUGGAAAUAACACGAGUUUAACUUUCAAUGAGGGUCAACCUUACUACAAUUACAGCGUUUCGGUUAAAGCCAGGACUGUUACAGGUUGGGGAGAUGUUAGCAAUUUAAUGGUUGCAGCAACCGAGCCAUCACUUCCAGAAAAUGUUGAAAAUGUCACCAUUGACAAGUCACUUCCCACACAAGAAGUAUACAAUGCACAUGCGAAUAUAUCGUUUCAACCUCCUUGUAGAACUAAUGGUCCUUUCUCAAAUUAUGAGUUAAUAUACCAUGGUAAAAGGCAUAAUUAUGAAGAUAUUGAAGGGACACUAACUAGCCCAGAAAACUCAUUUAUUAAUAUUAUGUUGAGACCAGAAUAUAUAUACGAAUUUACAAUCAAGACAAAAAAUGUAAACUACAGCAGUCCCGGCUACUCCAAAUCGUUUCUGGCACCCGCAGGAAUUCCUCAGUUCCCUAGCCAAAAGACCGCUGUGGAACUUGAAACAGCAAUUUCUGGAGCUACAAUUACUUUACAAAAAGAAAAUUUUGAUGUUGAAAAUGGUAACAUCACUUUCAUGGCACUUAUAUUAUCAGAAAGAAAUGAAACUGGUGGUGAUUUCUCACCUUGGGAAUCCUCUGCUUGGCCAAGUAUAGAAAGAGACGGAUAUUAUCAACUAACAGAAGAUUGGUGGAACCCUUUUAAUGAUGCAGACAGAAUUCAGUUCAUUAUAGGCAACGAGACAACCUGUAAUAAUCAUGGAAACAACUGUAACAAACCUCUCGAAAGUGGCAAAGAUUACUACUUGAUUGUGAGAUUAUUUACAAGAAAUUUCUACAAAAACAGCCCCACAAUUCAUUUUAGGACGGAUGAUACAAGUAAAUUGGGGCUUAUUCUGGGUGUAAUAUUUGGUCUGCUUAUUUUUGCUCUAUUGGGAUUUGCAGCAUUCUUUGUAUGGAGGAAAAAUCUCAUAAAGCUCUCACCAACGUUAUUAGCCAGAAAAACAUCCAUUAAACCACCAUCUGAUGGAAACACAUCUAUUCCAAUUAACAAAUUCAUACAGUACUGUAAACAUUUAGAAAACAAUCCUGAAAAGUUUGCGGAACAGUAUAUGCUUCUUACUGAAAAGUCUAAAGAAAUGAUGAGCACACAUACCACUGCGUUUGCAGAACUUACCGAAAAUCGAAGAAAAAAUAGAUACACAAAUAUUUUGCCUUUUGACGCAACACGAGUUAAACUACUCAUCGAUGAAGAUGAUGAAAUUGGUUCAGAUUACAUAAAUGCCUCCUAUAUAAGAGGGUAUUCUGGUAAUAUUGAAUAUAUUGCAACUCAAGGGCCACUACCCACAACCUGUCGUGACUUUUGGAAGAUGGUAAUUCAAGAAAACGUUACUAUUAUUGUCAUGGUGACGCAAUUUGUCGAAGAAAAUAAGGAAAAGUGUUAUAAAUAUUUUCCCAACAACCAUGAAACUAUGACGAUUGGAGAUGACAUGGAAGUUAAAUGUACCAUGGAACUCCAUUUUGGAACAUACUGUGUGCGCUCAAUUCAAGUUAAAAAGGACUCAACUCAGGUCACUGUAACCCACAUGCAGUAUUUAGAUUGGCCUGAUUUUAAUGUACCGAAAGGUACCGGUAGUAUGUUGCAGUUUUGUCACCAACUCAGAGAACGCUUAAAAAUAGAAGGAGGUUAUGUAAUAGUACACUGCAGCGCUGGAGUUGGCAGAACUGGCACUCUCAUCGCCACUGAUAUUCUCAUCCAGAAUAUAAAUGCUGGAAAAAAUAUAGACAUUUUCAGUACGGUUUUGGAGCUUCGAAAACAGAGAAUGAUUAUGGUUCAAGCUCAGAAACAAUAUAUAUACAUCUAUAAUUUAAUAAGAGACACUUUAGAAUCACAAGCAUCAGAAUUAAAUGAAAAUCUGGAACCACUUUAUGAAAAUCAAACCGCUCUGCAAACAAGGACGGAUGAUGACAAUUUAAUCAACAAGGAAAAAGAAAGUCAGUUCUAGAAAGUCUAUAACAUAAAAUGCACUGUGUCAUUCAUUACUCAUUUUAGAGAUAGAGACCUUAUUUUAUAUAAUAAUUUAUUUAAUUAAACAUAAAAUAUUUAUUGUAAAUAUACAGACUUUGCUCAAAAUACAUAGUCUAAGGAACAAAUUUAAUAAGGCUACAUAAUUGAUUUAAAAUAAUAAUCGAAGUAUUUUAUUGCAAUUGGAAAUAUGAGAUGGAGGGAACAACCAUUCUCAUUGAAUACACAGCAAAACUACCCCCAAUAUACAAAAAAAUAUUUUGAAAUCUGAACUAAAACUUCAUUUUAUAUUAGUUAUUUACGAGGUUAUUUAUAAUAAGUCAAACAGUAUUUUAUAACCUACUGGUUAAAACAAAAUUUGCUUCCAGAUGACUCUCUGAUAUGUAUCUGAAUAUACGUAUACUUAAUUUUUUACUGUGAUUUAAAAUAUAUUUUAAAUAAAAUAUUC